AUGAGCACCACUAUUGUCGUUGUCGGCGGUGGCGUCUCCGGCCUCACGUCGGCGUAUCUACUGUCCAAGAGCAACGGCAACACAGUCACCCUCGUGGCCAAGCACAUGCCUGGCGACUACGACAUCGAGUACGCGUCGCCCGUCGCGGGCGCCAACGUCAUGCCCAUGAGCUCAGACGCCAACAGCAGAUGGGAGCGUCGCACAUGGCCCGAGUUUGAGUGGCUCUGCAGAAACGUUCCAGAAGCCGGCUUCCACUUCAAGAACACUCUCGUGUACCGCAAGCACAAGGACCUGGACCAAGCAACGGCCUCCAUGCCCAUGGAUCCGCUCUUCGACCGUGACCCGUGGUACCGGCACCUGAUGCCCGACUACCGCGAGCUCACGGCCGACGAGCUCCCGCCCGGCCAGGACAGCGGGUGCAGCUUCACCAGCGUGUGCAUGAACACGCCCGUGUACCUGUCCUGGCUCGUCGGGCAGUGUCUCCGCAACGGCGUCGUCUUCCGGCGCGCCGUGCUCUCCGAGCUGACCGAGGCAGCGCGCCUCUCCCACGCCGGCCGCCCCGCCGACAUCGUCGUCAACGCGACCGGCCUCGGCGCGCUGAAGCUCGGCGGCGUGCGCGACGCAGCGAUGGCGCCGGCGCGCGGCCAGAUCGUGCUCGUGCGCAACGACGGCCCCGCGAUGGUCGCCACCUCGGGCGUCGACGAUGGCAGCGGGGAGGUGCUCUACGCGAUGCAGCGCGCGGCCGGCGGCGGCACCAUACUCGGCGGCACCUACGACAUCGGCAACUGGGAGUCGCAGCCGUGCCCGAACAUUGCGGCGCGCGUCAUGGACCGCAUCGUGCGCCUCGACCCGGCGCUCGCCGGCGGCAGGGGCGUCGCCGGCCUGGACGUGAUCCGCCACGCGGUCGGGCUGCGGCCGUACCGUGCGGGCGGCGUGCGUAUCGAGCGCGAGACGCUGCGCGAUGCGGCAGGGGGAGGGAGCGUGGAGGUGGUGCACAACUACGGCCAUGCUGGCUGGGGAUACCAGGGCUCGUUUGGGUGCGCGGAGAGGGUCGUCGAGCUGGUGAACGAGAUCCGCGCGGCGAGGGGCGAGGACCUCUCCAACGAGCCGAGGCUGUUCAACCAUGAGGCGGCGCCGACCUCGAAGCUGUGA